UCCAGUCCACGGAUAUUAAUACAAAACCCUAGCUUCCAAACUUCCAUCUUCUUCGACCCUAAAUCCUCCAACUGAAACCUAGCAGCAGCGUUAGCCGCCCCUUGCGCCGUUUUCAGGAAGUAAGCAAACAUGGCGUAUGCUGCGAUGAAGACUACGAAGCCUGGUUUGGAAGAGUCACAGGAGCAGAUCCACAAGAUUAGGAUCACUCUUUCGUCCAAGAACGUCAAGAACCUUGAGAAGGUUUGUACCGAUUUGGUUCGGGGAGCCAAGGACAAGAGACUGAGGGUUAAAGGGCCUGUGAGGAUGCCAACAAAAGUCCUGCACAUUACCACCAGGAAGUCUCCCUGUGGCGAAGGUACCAACACAUGGGACAGAUUUGAACUUCGUGUCCACAAGCGGGUCAUCGACCUCUUUAGCUCAGCUGAUGUUGUUAAGCAGAUUACAUCUAUCACCAUUGAACCAGGUGUUGAGGUUGAAGUCACAAUUGCAGAUUGAUAUGUGUUCCAUAUUUCUUAAGUUCUUUAAUUUACUCUUAGUUAUUUAGAGUUCUAUGUACUCUGUGUGCCUGCCCCGUAUCACUUUCAAAUUGUCAAGGUUAAUGUGUUGUCCAUUUUUGUCAUAAUUUUGAAGUUUAGAACUUAUUUGGGGAGGAAAAAUUUUUGUCUACUGUCAUCUCUUUGGUUACUUUGGAAUUGUUACUUAGAUGAGAAGUUAAAAUAUUAUUUCCCUGA